AUGGCUGAUUUGACUGUUUCCGCGCCUACCAAGGCAGGAUCGAUCGAGGAAGAAGAAGAGCGUAAACUGAAAACGAAGUAUCCUGGACUAGACCGACAGGGUGUUGGAUCCCUCAUGCUCCAAAAGCGGCUAAACCGAGGACACAAAUUUUUCGAUUCCGGGGACUAUAAUAUGGCUAGAGCCAAGAUCUUGCAACAGAAAACCCAUGUCCUCCCCCCACAGACUGAAGAGGCUAUACUACACGAUUCUACUGGUGACACAAUGGCUACACCAGACAGCGUUCCGGCCGUUCGGAAGAAGUCAAUGGUCAUGACGGGUCCUGGUGAGCCGGUCAAUCCAGUAGCGAUGACGGCUGCAAGCAGAAGUCCAACGUCACCACGCAGUUCAAGGCUCUCCGAGUCAUCCGUUUUUGAUACGCGCCGUUUAUCUUCAGGGCACAUUGGCUCGCGUUCGAUUGACUCUUCAUGAUCUCCAUGAAGUCAAGGCUCGAUGAACAAUGUUUCGUGAAAGAUUCUACCCUCCUUAUCAGUCUCACGACCGUUUCCAGGUCACAUGACCGAAUUUUGUGAAAAUUUUCGUACUACCGGCUAUCCUGCCUGCCGGAGCGGGCUUCACACAGUUUUCAAAAUAUCCCAGAAUCCUCCCCCUGAUUCUUUUCGUCUUACCUUUCUGUUAUUUCCCAUGUCUUCGGUAUUUAUUUCCCCCCUCUCCAUCAGCUUACGCAAUCAUAGACUUAGUCUGUGAAAUGUGCUGCAUUUCUCAUCGAAUUUCCUGGUUUUGCGCCUUUCCCCCUAUAUCAUGAGAUUCUUCGUGUUCUUCGUUUCUCCCCAUGUUUGGCUGUCAUCCGUUCACUGUUCAUACCAUUACCACUGCUCUCAAC